CUAAAACACGAGGGGGGAAAGUCGCAUAACGAGAGUUAAAUGUGUGUAUUGAUUAGAUGCUGUAGUAGUAACGUUACUUUUAAUAUUCCUCGUUUUAAUUUAACAGUUUAUUUAUAUGUCGCUGUAUUUUUCGCGGUCACUUUACUUUUAAUGUCCGGUUAAAAGAGUAAGAACAAGACAGGUUUGUAGAAAGGAUUCUGUUGACAGGUGUCGCCAUGAGUCUGUCAUUAUGAUUGAUUACGGCGAGCGGAAUAUUGUUCCUUUAGCUGAUAUCAUCUUCUAUCAGGGUGAAGAGAGAGAGAUGACAAUACACUGCUUGUGCUCCAGAGCUUACGUCAAUGAUCGAGAAUUGUAUCGGUCAGAUUUGAAAGCCAUACUAAAACAGACUGGUAGUCAAUUGCAAGUAGAUUUUGAAGCUAAUGAUGGAGAAGAGCUAUUGGAGGACCUUAACUGUUCUGUGGAUGAAGAUGAUGAUGAUGAGGACGAGGAAGAAGAGGCUGUUCUUGAUGAAGAGGCCAUGCUUAUGGCCAGUUUGGGGCUUCCUGUAGAGUUUGCCAGCUCAUCAAAACAGAAGAAAGCUGGGCGAGUUUCAGCAAGACCGAAGAACAAAAGAACCAUCAAACAUUUCGAAGCCCCCUCAGAUUAUGCCGACACACACAAGGACUCUGAACAGAAACAGCAGUGUGCUGUGAGUGACAUCGCCGAGACCCCCGCUGAACAGACGUGUCCCACGUCAGAGGAGGCCUGGCUGAGGUACUGGCAGCAGCAUGGGGAGGCUCUGCUGUGGCAGAGCUGGCUGGAGAAACAACCUGAAAUCUCCGGCAGUACAGAACAGGACUGUUCCCACUCAGAGGCUGACUGGGACAAGCACUACCAACAAACAUACCAGUACUACUGGGAACAGUUUCAGUACUGGGCCUCCCAAGGCUGGACAGUCGAUGAGUCCUAUAACACAACUGCUGCUUCUGAGGAAUGUCAGGGCAGCCGAGGAGAAACAGAGGCAAAUCAGACAGAAGAAAGAUCGAAGGCGGAUGCAACCAGCGUUACACAUCUCAUAAACAGCCUGAGCUUAUUGACUGAGGAAGUUGACAGGGAGGAUGGUGACCAGCAGUCUUUAGCCUGUAACUGUGCUGAUGAGCCCUGUGAUGGAGGAAACCGCAAAAGGUCAUCGUCACAUAGAGCCUGCACUGACAAUUCUGAUGGCAACACGAAACAGACCUCUGCUCCGUUGAGUAAUUGGAGUGGACAGCCCGUAAAGAGCAGAUCUAACGAUGAGGAUCAGAGUGAUGAUGAUGAUAAACCUCCAGGGAACAGACGAGCCAAAAUGAAGAGAGCUCAUGAGCUGGAUGUUGAGGAGCUUGCCGAGGUGCCAGAUGAGGAGGUGUGGGAUGCUCUCGGCUUGAGACGUGGUCCACAGCCCAAGUUUGACAGCGUUGUAAAGCUGAAACAAGGCCAAGCUUCAUACUCGGGCAGGAGCGAAGAGAACAAAAAGCCUCAUGAGGAAAGAAAAAAAGCAGCCUGCAAAAUCAACAAGCACAUCUUCUUUACUGAUGAUGGACCACAAACUGCAAAGCCAAAGAUCAGCAAAGUCCUUCAGAAAGUCCAAAGUUUCCUUCAGAAGGUUCAAACUGAUGCUGACUCUGAGGAGGCCUCCAUGCCUGAAGCCCUGACUGAGCCGUGUGAGAGAGCAGAAGAUGCAAGUCUGCCUACACUGAAGGAAGACAAGAAAAAAACAAAUGAACCGGAGUGUGAGAAGACUCCUCAGCUCAGCAGAAUAUGUGAAAAAACUGCGAAACAUCAACAGAACAUUCAGCCAGAGCCAGAAGAGAGACAGGACAGCGAUUCAGAUCCCCGAGGAGAGCUGCAGCCCUUGGACGUCCCUGACUUCUUACUCCCUGACGCUCCUGAGGAUGCUGAGGGAGCAAAGAGCGUGCAGCCCUUUAAAAAGAACAAGAGAAGGAACAGGAAGAGGAGAAAGGAUGUGGAGAUGCCACCGGAGAUUGCAGCAGAACCUGAGCUGGCCAAGUACUGGGCACAGCGCUACCGUCUGUUUUCCAGGUUCGAUGAGGGCAUCAAACUUGACCAUGAGGGCUGGUUCUCAGUGACUCCUGAGAAGAUAGCAGAGCACAUCGCUCUGAGGGUGCAGGACAGCUUCAGCACGGAGCUCAUUAUCGAUGCCUUCUGUGGUGUGGGUGGCAAUGCUAUUCAGUUUGCCCUUACUGGUAAAAGAGUGAUCGCCAUCGAUAUCGACCCCAUACGGCUGGCUCUGGCACAUCACAACGCAGAAGUGUACGGCGUGGCGCACCGGAUAGAUUUUGUGCAAGGAGACUUCCUGCAGUUGGCUCCGCGCCUGCGAGGAGACAUGGUUUUCCUCAGUCCCCCGUGGGGAGGACCAGAGUACCUCAGUGCUGACGUCUUCAACAUCAAGACCAUGAUCACUCCUGAUGGAUUUGAAAUUUUCAGGUUGUCAAAAAUGAUUUCGGACAAUAUUGUCUAUUUUCUUCCUCGAAACGCAGACAUGGAACAGAUCGCGUCUCUCGCUGGCCCAGGUGGGAAGGUGGAAGUGGAGCAGAACUUUCUGAACAACAAACUGAAAACAAUUACUGCAUACUUUGGCAACUUAAUUAAGUCAAAAACAUAAAUCCUUUCAUUUUUUUGUAAUUCUUUUAUGGUCAUUUGUUAUGGGUAUUUAUUGCACUUAAAUUGUACUUGUAUACAUGACCUGCCAUUUACGGUUUUGUAAAGCCAUUAAUGAUGAAUUUUACAUAAAAUGUACGUUUUAUGUGUACCUGUGAUGCUGCUAGUUUAAUGUUUAUUUUAACGUAGAUCUAUGUUUUUUUCAGCAUUGAUAUUUACCUAUUAAAUUCAUUUGAAGAAACAA